GACGUCACGGAGCGUCGCGUUCCCGACGGCGGCUGCGGAGGGUCAGGGCGCUCCCGGCCGCCCUGGACUCGGGCGCAAUGGAGGCGGCGGCGGUUCCGGCGGCGGUUCCGGCGGCCUCCUCCGGCGCCCUGGUGCCCGCCGCCGCCGCGGACACGGGGAAGGAGGCGACCCCGCCGGUCCCGAGGCGCCCGAAGAAGAUCCUGGAUGAGGAGGCCUACAUUGAGAGUCUAGAGAAGAUCAUUCAGCGAGACUUCUUUCCUGACGUGGAGAAGUUGCGGGCGCAGAAGGAAUAUCUGGAAGCUGAAGAAAAUGGUGACUUGGAGAAAAUGAGGCAAAUUGCCAUCAAGUUUGGUUCCUCCUUGGGUAAAACAUCGAGGGACACCCCUGCACCCUAUGUUACUCCAGCCACAUUUGAAACCCCAGAAGUGCAUCCAGGUGGUCUUCCACUGGGGAAUAAAUCCAAAGCUGGCAUCAAAGCUGCAGAGGAAGGAGAAGCAGAAAAAGACAACAAAGAUGAGCUUCCCAGUCUGGACAGCUUCUUAGCAAAACACACGAGUGAAGAUAAUGCUUCGUUUGAGCAGAUCAUGGAAGUGGCCAAAGAGAAGGAGAAAGUCAAGCACGCUUGGUUGUACAGUGCAGAAGAGGAGUAUGCCCAGCGACGAAAUGAGAACCUGGCACUUCCUUCAGCAGAGCAGCAAGCUCUGGAGAGUGUGAAAGCUGGACUGGAGACCUGGGAGUACACGGCUCGCAACACCCUCAUGUAUUAUCCUACAGGUGUACCUGAUGAGGAUGACGCAUUUAAGAAGCCCAGGGAAGUCGUGCAUCGAAACACCCGUUUUGUGAAGGACCCUUUUAGCCAAGCCGUGAGCAAAUCACAGCUCCAGCAAGCUGCAGCCCUCAAUGCUCAGUACAAACAGGGCAAAGUGGGACCAGAUGGGAAAGAACUGAUACCCCAAGAGUCUCCGAAAGUGAACGGAUAUGGAUAUGUGGCUACCCCCUCUCCUGCUCCUGGUGUGAAUGAGUCUCCUUUUAUGACAUGGGGUGAAAUCGAAAGCACCCCUUUGCGUCUAGAAGGAUCAGAAACACCAUAUGUGGACAGAACACCUGGACCAGCCUUCAAGAUCCUGGAGCCGGGGCGCCGUGAGAGGUUAGGACUCAAGAUGGCCAAUGAAGUGGCAGCUAAGAACAGAGCAAAGAAGCAGGAGGCGCUUCGAAAAGUGACAGAAAACUUGGCCAGCUGCCGUGUGUGUGUCUCCAAGGACGUGAUGGUGUGGAUGAUCACAACGCAGGGGCUAGGGACAAUCCUGCUUUGUCCACCACCGUGGAUGACAGCGUCAUUCUGAAGAGCAGAAGUGGUACUAAUGCAGCCACACUGGGGCUUUUGUUUGGCUUUUUCCUCCCUUACUUUGAAACUUUUUGCUAACUUUUGUAAUAAGCCAAAAAAAGGAAGAGCAGUUUUAACCAUACGUGGCCUGCUGUGGUUGCUCCAGGAUGAGCUGACCUUUGAGUGUGGGACGAGCACUCGUGCGGUGUGAUCCAGCCUGGAGAAGCACCGAGCACCCUUUAGCAGGAAGCAGGCGUAGCCAGAUGUGUACGCUUGCACCACGCCUGAGUACAAGACAGCCUGUGCAACACGUGGCAGUCUUGACAUUUGCUAUAAUCAGGUGAUGUUUCACCCAGGGAACAUCCGUAGAACAUCUUAUGCAGCUCUUUGAGCAGUGCCUGCAGCCUUCUGUAAAGUCUGGGGCGUUUGAUGUUGUGUCUUGGUGAAGAGCUUCCUCUCACGCAGUUUCCACUGCCACUUCCAAAACUUGUCUGCCUGACUGUGAAAAACCCUUUUUACAGUGCGCCUUGUAAGAACCAAUUGAUCAACAUGGCGUUGCUAGGAAUAGUGACUGCAAGAAAUUAGUUAUUUUUUCUUUAAGUUCAGAAAUAAUUGAAGGCGAAGUUUUUUCUUUAAGCAAAAAGAUUAUUCUCAGGUACUCAGGAAUGAAUGUGAAGGGAAUCCAUUUACUAAUAUUUCUGUGCCUUCGGAGAUGUCCUUUAAGGACUGAACUGGCUAAAUAACAAUUAAGUUUUAGGUAAUUUAAAAAAAUAAUUAUUUUUUUCAUAAUGAUCGCACAAUCAGCUUAUGUCCAUCAAACGUAGGGCCUCUCUGUUCGGGCGCGCAGGCAGAUGGUCGGGCCCUGGCCUGCCGCUGGGUCACCGAACAGACGAGGCGGGAGGGAUGGCCGGGGGCAGGUGUGGCAGGUGGCUGCUGGAUGGCUGAAAGCACCCGGGGAAACGGCUGAGCUUCACGGGUGACUGAGGAGGAGCGUGGGGACCACCUGGGGCGUGGAACCUGGUGAGGUGGAGGUGACCCACCGAGAGGUGUCAGAAACAACAAAUUUGGCUACGGAUGUGGCAAGACGGCCCAAGGGGAAGAAGUAAUUAGAGGGGGUGUUUUUUGGGAGGAGAUGAGAGUUAGGGAAAGGGAGGCAUUAGAGAAGAACAAGCAUGGGAACGUGGAGAGAAGCUGGGAUAUGGGCUGGAUGUGCAGAAGCAGGCUGUAAUUGGCAUCCUUGAUCGCCUCCAUCUUCUUCUUACGUGAUUCCUACCUGUUCGCUGGGUGCGGGAGCUCUCCCUUCUGGGCACGGGAUGCAAGUAAAGGCUGCGCAGUGUUUGCGGGACUGUGGGUGUGGUGUACACGCGGGUCGGGCAGGAUGGGGCAUGCGUCUUCCACGCCGUUUCAAACUGGUUGUGCUCAUACCAAGAUGUAGCUGGAAUAACAGAGAGGGGAAUAUGAGGUGUAAGGACGAUUAGUUCCAUGUUGUGCAAUUCCUGCUUAAAAGCAGAUUGCAUUAAAUACCCUGUGGGAUGAAGUUGGGUUUGUGUUCACCCUCAAGUGAAUUAACCUAGACAGCCCUACUAAAAUCAGUCUCAAUUCUGCCAGUCUGAAGGGUCUUCACGUGUUUGCUGGGAAUGUAAUUUAUUUUCAAUGAAAUGCUAUAAACUGGAUCUCUUGAAGGGAAUGUAGUGCUCUUCAGAUCGGCUAUUCCUGUAACGCCUGCUGUAAUGUCUAGUCUCUGCUUCCUGCUGCAGUUCAGCCCCUGCUACCUGUAAAUAGGGAAUUGGUGAACUCUUUGUUGCCAGAUGGUUUUGCUGCUGUAGCCCUAGUAGAUAAUGUGCUUUACGGGGCUAAAUCCAGUGUGAAAAACCAUCUUGGUCCUUGAUGACUUGUGUUUUAUCCCCCCCCCCCCCCCCCCCCAGUUUUUCAGAGGGUUAUUUUCCUUUUGCUGUUUCUGUACGUCUGCAUUUUCUGACGUGCAAGGCCCAAGCAUGCUUGCUCCCUCAGCCAAAAUAGCACCCAGAGCUCUCCGAACGCCGCAGAGGCGGUCGGCGGCGAGCGGCGGCGGCAGCAGGGCUCUCCUGGGUGGCAGGGCUGGCUGCGCUGGGUUACCGGCUGCUCGCAAGAGAUCGUGGGAGCCCCAGCGGACCUGGGGCUGUGCGGUGUGAUGUGGGGCUGUAACGUCACUGCAUGCAGAGUCUGUGAGUGCUUGCACGUGCAGUUCGGGGCUUGGCUCCUUGCUCCAUGCAGGAAAGAAGAUGAGGGACCACAAGGGUGGUCUUGUUCUUGUAAGUGGACGGGAAAGAGGGGCGAUUAUGGUUCAUUUGGGGAGUAGCAGGAUGUUAUUCCUAGAAAGUCGCAAGAACUGUAAGUGAAGAGCCAGUGAGGACGAGGGAUGAGUUCAUGUAACCCACCCGGAGAAGGCAGGCUCAGAUGCCUUAAGCAAAACACUGAUUACACCAGAGGUGACUGCUGCUCUUCUCUGCGUGGGGCACAGGUAAGAAGAUGUGAGCAGCAGAUGAGCAGCAACACAGGGUUUGGUGAGGCGAGGGGUUGAGAAACUCACAAUCACCCCAACCACACUUUGAGCAAACAGCCCGGCUGGAGUGGCCAGGGGAGCAGCGGGGGCACUGCCUUGGGGCAGGAGGCUGCACUCCAGCUUAGUUCUGUUGGUCCCCUGCGGCCCAGAUGAGCCGUGUCUUGCGGCAGGGAUCUGAGUCUGCAACGAGCCCCAAGCAGCUUCCCUCUGCAGCUCACCUUCAGGGCCGAGAGCAUUUCCCUUGGGCAGAGGUAGCUGUCCUUGUCAUGGUGUAGGGGCUGCAGCUUUGCACCCACCCGAAAGCGGGUUCCAGUAAGGGCUGGGGCUCUGCACUGCUUUCUAUUUCUCUGAUGAUUUAGUUCAGAAGAGAAGCUGAGAUUGGAGAUGCUUUGUUGUUUCGCAGGGAGGGGGAGAUUGAGCUUCCUCAUACGUGUAUUUGUUGCCUCAAUCCCAGCUCCCUGCACUCACUGCAGCUGGCUGCAAACCCCAGCUCAGAGUCAGGGCAGGGGCAGAGCUGGGUUUGGCCACGCUUCCUGUGAGCCCCUUCCCUCUGCUCUUCCCGGGCACAGCAGCUUUUCACCACUGCUUUUUGGGCACAGGAGAUCUGCACUCAUGGGUUAGAGAAACACUUGUUCCCAGUGGGAAACUGGGAGCGCCUGGGAUGUGCCAGCUCCCACGCACCCUGGGCAGAGGUGCUCGGCGUGUUUUUGCUAGCACGCUCUGUCCCUGCCCCUCGUGCUCGGGGCAUCAGGCUGCCCCUGGCGCAGCCCCUGGAGCCACGGCCCCCUGCGUGGGGGCUCGGGGCUGGUGUGCCUGCACAGCGUGGCCCUGCCUCGCACCUGCCGGUGGCUCGGCCAGGGUGUUGGCAAUCCCGUAAUGUCGGUCCCUGCCAGGGUUACAGCGCUGGCACCACGGCACAGCCCGGCGAAAUGGGUGCCGCUUACCCUUCACCUUUGUGCUCCUGGGUGGCUGGGCCAUUUAUUGCCUGUUUACUCAGAGGUGCUGAGCAGGUUGUGGUGGUUGCCUGGCACAUGUGCAUGCUUCAGACCCGCCUCUGUUCAGAGCUGGCGGGGCACCGUGGGCUGCAGUGCGGGGAGAUGAUGUCUGUGUUUUCUUGGGUCAAAAGCCAGGGAGAAGCAGCCUGUGCCCUGACUGUAAGGGGAGCGCUGCUCUCCUGCUAGAGGCAUCGCAGGGCAUUUACUUACAAAUGGGUGUCACGGGCUUGGGGUGGGUAAGGAAUGUCCUGGAUCAGUCUGGGGUCAGCAUGUGCAGCUGGGCUGCAGGAAGCUGGGCUGAGAACAGCCUCUCCCCAUAGCAUCCCUUGGGAGGAACAAAGCUGGGGUGUUUGACACUCGUGCCUUUGUGCCGGAGGAUGUUGUCACGCUUCAGGUCCCCACGGACACUCGGAUCAUGACAGUAUUUGGCAGCACGUGAGCUAGCAAAAUGGGGUUUGGCCUAAAUCUUCAGGCAAUCUCCUGCUGCUCGUGACGCACUCCUGCAGGUCCCCAAGCACACACGACCCCUGUCACACAGCCCUCCUGGGGCCCUGCAGGGCUCACUGCCCUGGGUGAUGGAGCUGUGGAUCACACUUGCUGCUGUCCCACCCCUGGGGUCUUUGUGGGCAUCAAUUUCCACUGCUAUGUUAAAUUUUACAUUUAGCUUUGGAAAUAGCAUCUCCUGAGUGCUGCUGCCCUCAGCACAGGAACAGCUCCUGUGGGACCAGAGGCAGCAACCGCCCAAGAAAACCGGCGGCAGCUCCUGUCCCGCUGCCUGCAGGUCGGCAGCUGGCGCCUGGCCGGGCAGUGGCUGGGGGAAGCAGAAGCACUGCGAGAGCAGAGGGAUCUGUAGAUCCACUGGGAAUACUCCUGAGGGCGGUUUGCCCCUGGGUAUAGUGAGUAAUUGGUAUUAACAGGGAAACAGGGAGUGUAUGAUUGGGCUAAACUAGUCCUUACUGGAAUCUCCAUGCUCUAUUUGAAAACUUCACAUUGUAGUAUGAAGGUGAAAAACACUUUCUUGUUAGAUAUCUCCAGAUACUUUGGUUUUUUAAAAUUUUGUUAAAUUAAACAACUUCCCAGG